AUGAGUGUGAUGAUACUUCCCAGCAUCCGCAACGACCCUCGUGGGGUCUCCCCCAACUAUGGCCUUUGGCCUUGGGAGGAGCAAGCUUGUCCGCAGGCACCCGCUGCGCUACAGGGUUUGACCUUCUCUCUCUGCUGCAGGUGGGCUGACAACUUCGUGGCCCAGGGCUGUGGAGGAAGCAAGGAGCACAGCUUCCAGCACCCCUUCCUCCAGGCGGUGGGCAUGUUCCUGGGGGAGUUCUCCUGCCUGGCUGCCUUCUACCUGCUCCGGUGCAGAGCCGCGAGGUACUCAGAUGCCAGCAUGGAUCCCCAGCAGCCCUUCAACCCCCUUCUUUUCCUGGCCCCAGCCCUUUGCGACAUGACCGGGACCAGCAUCAUGUAUGUGGCCCUGAACAUGACCAGCGCCUCCAGUUUCCAGAUGCUGCGGGGAGCAGUGAUCAUAUUCACAGGCCUGUUCUCAGUGGCCUUCCUGGGGCGGAGGCUGGUGCUGAGCCAGUGGCUGGGCAUCCUCGCCACCAUCGCGGGGCUGGUGGUCGUGGGCCUGGCCGACCUCCUGAGCAAGCACGACGAUCAGCACAAGCUCAGCGAAGUGAUCACAGGGGACCUGCUGAUCAUCAUGGCCCAGAUCAUCGUCUCCAUCCAGAUGGUGCUCGAGGAGAAGUUCGUCUACAAGCACAAUGUGCACCCUCUGCGGGCAGUUGGCACGGAGGGCCUCUUUGGCUUCGUGAUCCUGUCCCUGCUGCUGGUGCCCAUGUACUACAUCCCUGCCGGCUCCUUUAGCGGAAACCCUCGAGGGAUGCUGGAGGACGCCCUGGACGCCUUCUGCCAGGUGGGCCGGCAGCCGCUCAUCGCCCUGGCGCUGCUGGGCAACAUCAGCAGCAUCGCCUUCUUCAACUUUGCGGGCAUCAGCGUCACCAAGGAGAUGAGUGCCACCACCCGCAUGGUGCUGGACAGCCUGCGGACCGUCGUCAUCUGGGCACUGAGCCUGGCGCUGGGCUGGGAGGCCUUCCACCCGCUGCAGAUCCUCGGCUUCCUCAUCCUCCUGACGGGCACUGCCCUCUACAACGGGCUGCACCGCCCGCUGCUGGCACGCCUGUCCCGCGGCCAGUCCCCAGCAGAGGAGGGCGAGCGAGAGCGCCUGCUGGAUCCCUCUCGGACUCUCAUCAAUGAUGCCAGCUGAGCCUCCUGCGGGCCUGCUGCCACCUGGAUGCACCUUGUUCACCCUGAGGCUGAGGCCGCACAGGUUUGUGAGCCUCAAGCUCCCUGUCCCCAAGGCCUCGCCCUGUCCCUCCCCACAGUCCCCCAGGACAGACCCCCAGACCACAGAAGACGACAGGACACCCAGUCCUCCUUUGUCACCACGUCCCCCAGGCCUGAAUGCAGUGACGACGCCAAGCUCACCCAGGCCCCCAGAGCAGCACUAACGCGAAACCACGCAGUGGAAUUGCAGGACUAACACCCCGAGGGUUUUCUCAUCAAACUAAAAUUAUUCUCCAGAGAAGAGAGGCCAGUGAGCAAAUUCAAAGCAGAACUAAGUGCCCCGGGUUUUUUUUUUGGGUUUUUUUUGUUUGUUUGUUUGUUUUUUAAAUUAAAUCUUUAUUGUUCA